AUGUCAUUGGAACAUAUAGCACCGCUGGAUCUGGAGAACCGGCCCCAGCGGGCAAUCGCCAGAUACAAGAGCCUGGAGGCUCUGAGAGGCCGCAAAGACAGCUAUCCGCCGCUCCGAAACAGUGUGAUCCAAGAAACGCAGGACGAUUCGGCUCUGGACCUCGAACUGUCGGAACACAGUGACCCAAACGACACCAACGACCCCAACGACACCAACAACUCCAACGACACAAGCCUGUUCGCCACAGAUCUCUCGCCAGCAGCAUCGGCACCCGUGCUGGGAACAGUGCCGCCACUCAUUCCGCCUAUCGUCACAAACACAACCCCAUUCUCUGUGCCCAUCAGUCCUCGUCUGAGCACAUCCUCCAGUCCUCGGUUUUCGCCUCGGUUUUCGCCCUCCUCGCUCGCAAACACUCUCGCAUCUUCCCUCAGCAUCAGCCCGACUCUCGGAUCCACCGUUAUGGAACUUCCGACCGCCCUCGCCCGCAAACUCUCCCGCCGAGGCCUUUCGACAAGCCCCCCUUUCCGAAGCAGAAGCAGCAGCUGCCCCAGCGUGGAAAUGCCAAUCACACGACACAAAAACUCGGAGGAACAAUCGGCCGGAAACGUGGCCACAGUAUCGUCUAUUCUCUCCUCUGAAUCAGCAGAGGUCACGGUGCCGCUCGUUCUACAGCAGGGAAUGCCUUUUCUACGUAUCACACACAAGAAAAAGGUGCAACGCAUGUUCAAAAUCGACCCUGUUACAGGAAAGGUGUCGUGGGACGACAAGAAGGCCAGUGCAUGUUUCUCGGUUGACACCAUCUGUGAGAUUUCGCUGCAGGAAAACGCCCGCAACCACAGAGAAGAACUCAAAGUCUCGUCCAACCACGAAUCACGAUGGGUCACCAUCACCUACAUGAAGAACAAGCGCCGCAAGCCGCUUCAUCUGGUUGCCCCGACCAAGGAGGAGUUUACGUUGUUCGUUGACGCUCUGCAAAACCUAGUGUAUUUUCGCCAGGAGCUGAUGCGGGGCUUCCAGUCCUCGAAUCCCAAGAUUGCCUCUGUGCACUGGAAGUCGUACGCAGCCAAGGAGCAGGGUGAGGAGAGACUCACAUUCGAAGCCGUUCAGCGUCUCGCUCAACGACAUCACGUGCUCUGCUCAAAGGCAUAUCUCAAGUCUAAAUUUGAUGAGGCCGAUGUCGACAAGUCCGGCUUUCUGGAGUUCAACGAGUUCAAGAUCUUUGUGAAGCUGCUAAAACGACGCCCAGAGAUUGUCACCUUGUACUACCAGACUCUUGGCAAGCCUGAACCAGCCAACAUCUGGAGUGAUGAUCGUAUGACUCGAGACGAUCUGCUUGGGUUCCUUGAUCACGUGCAGAGAACCCGGUUUGAGCCCCAUAUCUUUGAGAAGAUCUGGGCCAAAUUCGCCCCCAAAGACGACACAUUCGACUCCUCGCUCGAUUACUGGACAGUUGAUUCGUUCAACGAUUUCCUUCUGUCUUCCUACAAUCUGUUUGUCAAGCCAGAGACGAAUCUCAACCGACCACUCAACGAGUACUACAUCUCCACGUCUCACAAUACGUAUCUGAUUGGUCGUCAGGUUGCAGACACCUCGUCUGAAGAAGGGUACAUCCGAGCUCUACAAUCUGGCUGUCGAUCGGUCGAGAUUGAUAUCUGGGACGGACCCGAUGACCGUCCGGUAGUAAAGCACGGCCGAACAUUCACCUCAUCGGUGUCUGUGGAAGACGUGUGCUCUGCCAUUCGAAAGUACGGGUUCAUUGCAUCCCCCAACCCUUUGAUUCUUUCCUUGGAAAUCCACUGCUCAGCCUCUAAUCAGCUCAAGGUAGUCGAUAUUCUCAAGGGCACUUUUGGCGAGAAUCUGGUCACUCAACCUCUUGUUCCUGGGGCUCUCAAUCUCCCGUCGCCUCAUGAGCUCAAACAUCGAGUUCUUAUUAAGGUGAAGGCCGGCAGAGAGCCCGUUGCAGGCGAUAAAAAUAAUGGUGCCUCAUUCUCGUCGUCCUACACAUCCUCUUCUACUACCACAGCCUCUGAGUUUGACGACUUGAGCGGUACUCCUUCCGUUUCAGGCGGAGGAAAAAGAAAGGACACGAGUGGCACGACCAAGAAGAUUGUUCCCGCUCUGGGCGAGCUAGGUGUUUAUGUCCAAGGUCUCAAGUUCCGAAACUUUGCAUUCCCGGAAUCCAAGACCACUAACCAUUGCUUUUCCUUCUCCGAGCGAAAAUUCAUUUCCAUCUGCAAGGACCCCGAGAACAGGGAGCAGAUGAUGAAACACAAUCGACGAUACUUGACGCGAAUAUACCCCUCGGGCUACCGUGUCAAAUCGUCUAACCUCAACCCGCUCUAUUUCUGGCAGAAUGGAGCGCAGAUGGUGGCUCUUAACUGGCAGACAUACGAUCUGCCGGCCCAGCUGAAUGACGCCAUGUUUGCUGCGCGGGGAGGAUAUGUGCUAAAGCCACCGUAUCUUCGUCACCUCAAAAGUCCCCGAUCAGGCCAUUCUGUGAACUUGUCUUUCAUCUCUGCGCAACAGCUGCCUCGACCAAAGGAUCUGGGAAAGUCGUCUUUUGAUCCGUACAUUGUGGCUCAGCUGCACGGGCCUGGUGAGAACCACAAGUUGAAGACAUCGCCAGUUAUUGACAAUGGCUUCAACCCUCGCUGGAACAAGGACUGGAGUCUGUCUUUGAGUCCCGAAGACUACGAGUUUUCUUUUGUUCAGAUCACGCUGUACACUCAGGACCGUCCCUUCGCGGUUUCCUGUCUGAGACUGUCGUCGCUCAAUGAGGGAUAUAGACACGUGCCAUUGAACGACCUACAGGGGGAGGAGUAUCUGUUCUCUACCUUGUUUAUGAAGGUGUCCAAGAUCUCCAACUAG